CCGUCAAAAUCUCAGAUCCAAUUAGGAAAUCCGAUAAGAUCCUUCGAUGCCGCCUGAUAAAAUAGCCAUUAGUUAUAAUAUAUAUAAACGAGAUGACCUAUUUGAGAUCAUUCGUGUAGUGAUCGGGUCUGUGAAUUACUUAUAUAAAAUGAGAAUCGUGGUAUCAAUGACCUUACUUCUCUUCGAGGUCAUGACAGCGGCUCAUGCUGUGCCCUUAUCAGAAAAGCAAGACAGACCAAGCGAUGUGUAUGAAAUCCAAGAUGCUGGACAGAAGACAAGAUUCAUAGCGCCGAAGCCGGAGAAACCCACGUUGCGAGAGAUAGUGUACUACCAUCUGAUAGAGAAGCCUUAUGAAGAUGCUAAAGUGGAGAGAAAAUCGGAGCCAGCUGAAAUCGAAAUGGAUGAGAGUCUGCGACCCUUCACCAACGGCCAUGGUUAUCAAUUCGCAGAUUAUGGUCUUCACGAAACGGAAACUCACGAGGAGUCUGCAUCUGAAUCUGAACAUGCAAGUGAUGAAAAUGCAGUAGAGGUCAGUGAGGCAGCAGCCGACAUGCCCGUUUCUGAAGAGAAACGUGAAAUAGCGUCGGAUGUUACGGUCAUUACAGAGUCACCAAUCACUACGGCUUUAGAUGAGAAAGAAAACAAGAUCAGACAAAGGCAAUUUUUAUUCGAUCGAUUAAGGGAAAGGUACAUUGCGAGUAUGAUGAAAACCAGUACAACCAAAGAACCAGAAAUAAUAAGUAAAAAUGAAGCGAUCGUCAGUUCUACCGAUGCUCCCGCAAUCGUGAAUUUAACGGAGAAAGAAGAGAUAAGCAAUACAGCUUCACUUUUGCCUGAAUCUGAUCCAGUUGAAAGAGUUAAAAGGAGUCUUAAUUACCAGGACAUUCCUAUAGCACCAACGCUGCCACCCAUCGACUACAACAACUAUCCUGGUCUACGAGUCUUUAGAGAACCGGCUGACGGAACAGAUAACCAGGAUUCAAAGUUCAAAAUGAAUGAUAUUUUCGCCACAUCAAAACCUAAUGAUGAUGAUGUUAAUAAUAAAACAGAAAGCAGACUGAAGAGUGAUAGUGAUGAUGAUACUGCUUUUAUACCACAGAGCGCUGUGAAAACUUACGGCAUGAAUCUGUCUGAUGAUCAUGGAUAUGUUUGGAAUAAUAUGUUCCGACCCAUUAAUUACCAAGUUGGGGCACCAUUGACACUACACGAAGACAACCAAGAUGUUGUAACUUCUACACCACAAAUUGAUGAAUCAUCAACAGAAGGUAUAUUAACAUCAUCUGAAGAAACGAUACAUUCAACUGGUGAAAUUUCAACACCUAAUGAUGAAAUAUUAAAAGUAACUGAAGAAAAUUUUACACCUAAUGAAGAAAUGGUAACGCCUACUGAAGGAAUAUUACCAUCGUCUGGAGAAGAAUUGCUUUCAGCUGAAGAAGGUUUAACACCCUCUGAUGAAAUUUUAACACGCAUUGAAGAUAUAUUCAAACCUACUGAAAUAAUUUUAAAACCGACUGAAGAAAUAUUAACUUCUAGUGAUGAAAUAUUUACAUCAACUGAAAGUAUAUUAACAUCUUCCGAAGGUAUAUUAACUUCGUCUGAAGGUAUAGUAACAUCGAAAGAGGAAAUAUUAACACCAACUGAAGAAAUAUUAACAUCUAGUGAUGAAAUUUUAUCUUCAACUGAUAAAAUAUUCACAUCGACUGAAGGUACAGAAACAUCGUCUGAACUUAUAGAAACAUCAGCUGAAGGUAUAGAAACAUCAUCUGAAGGAACAUUAACAUCAACUGAAGACAUUGCAACAUCAAAAGAAGAUUUAACACCAAUUGAAGAAACUUCAAAAUCUGGUGAUGAAAUAUUAACAUCAACUGAAAGCGUAGAAACAUCAACUGUAGAAAUAUUUGCACCAAUUGAAGAAACUUCAAAAUCUGGUGAAGAAAUACUAACAUCAUCUGAAGGUAUAGAAAGAUCAACUGUAGAAAUAUUUGCACCGAUUGAAGAAACUUCAAAAUCUGGUGAAGAAAUAUUAACAUCAACUGAAGGCGUAGAAACAUCAACUGUAGAAAUAUUUGCACCGAUUGAAGAAACUUCAACAACUAGUGACGAAAUAUUAACAUCAACUGAAGAAAUAGAAAUUCAAGAACCUACAACUGCCGAAAAUAAUCCUGAGGGCUUAGAUGAUAUCUACGUUGAUACAAAUAAAGGAGAAACUAGUACUGCUAAAGCCCUAGAGGACAGUAACGCCGAUUCGGAAGAAGACCAAAAUACUACAGAACAACCGGAUGAUGUGAGCGAAAAGGGUGAACCUACAAGUGUCAUGAAAGAAGAUACUGAGAAAAGUAUUGAUGACCCAGAAAAGGGAAGUGAUGUUGACAAUGAGAACAUAGCUUCAAAAUCUAUGCUGAAACACAAUAAAAGGCCAAGCAAAGAUAAACCAGUUGAAGAAAAAGAGGAUUUAUACGAGAAACUGAUCAAGAGCGAACAAUUCUGGAAAUGGCUGGCUCAUUGGACUUCUAAUUAUAUGGAAGUUAUUUCUCAACGUGUCAAAGAAAUGGUCAAGCAGGAAGUCGCAAAAGAAAUUAAGAAGUAUGAGAACACCAACCAUGACAUUCAUGUUAACCAAACUAAAGAAGAGAACAAGAUUAACGAAACAGAAAAUAAGGAACCGGUUAUUAAAAACAACACCAUAAUUAUAGAUGGCAACGAGAUACCAAUAACUAAUACUUCAAACUUAGAAGGUAAUGUAAUAUUAAAUGAAGAUUUCAGUAGAAAACAUAGAGACAGAGACGAUAAGCCGAAUCAUCAUAAAUCAAAUGUGACAAAACUAGAAAACAAUAAACUAAAUACUACUAAACUAGAAAGUUAUAAAUUGAAUGAAACUAAAUUUGAAAUUGAUAAAACUGUCAAUAAAGUAGUGCAGCCUAAUGUAACUAAAACUGAAGAAAAUCACAAUAACGUCAAAGCUAAUAAUAUAUACGGAAGUUCAACUGGUAACGACCAUGUGACUAAUAUAUUCAUUUUCUACCCAAAAACUGAAGCUGGAAAAAUUAUUGAUAGCUUGAAACCGUAUUUGAAUGAUUCUAACAUUGGGAUAGAAAAUGACGUUAAAGAUCAAAAUGAGAACGAAAAAAAGGAUGAAGAAACAACAACCAGUAUUAUUAUUCCAGUAAAUAACGCAGAAAAACCUGAUGAGAAUGACAAAGAUAAUACUGAAGAUAAUGAAAAUACCACAGAAACUGAUAAAGGACCAAUUUCAAAUAGUAGUGAACAUAUCGCAACCGACGUCGUGGACGCGGAUUCACAUACCGAAGAAUCUGUUAUAGAUGAAGAGAAAAACGCAAAUGAGGGACUGGAUAAUGAAGAAAUUACUAGCAGUACAACAGAAAUACCAAAAUCUGCAGAGGCCGAGGGAACGAAUUCAGAAUCUGAGCCAAAUAAUGAUGACAAUGCAAGUGAGAGUUUUGAAUUACCAACUAGUACUGAAACGAACAGUAAUAUUUCAGAAAUUUCUAGUCCAGCGCCACCUGACAUAAGCAAUGAAGAAAAUGUACAAUCUACAAUUUCAUCUGCUGAUUCAACUACAUCAGUAUCUAAUGAGGACUUUAUAGCAUUAUAAAAAAAAUACCUACUGUAUUUAGUUAUGAAAUAUGUGUAAGUAAAGAAUUCUUAUUGUAAGACAGAUAACUUUUUAUUAAAUGCUUUUACAUUCAGUUUUAUAUGGUGAGAGAGCUUGUCUUAAAUAUUUUUUAUUUUUUUAUUUUUGAAAACUUUUUAUUGUUAAAAAUACAGAUUUGCUAGAAACUUAAAACGAUUCGGUUUGCUUCAAAAAAGAAUUACUAAUGAUUUAAAAGAAAAAAAUAAUCAAGAAAUUCUUCAUAUACUCGUAUCGCUUAAAAUAAUUUAAAGGGUAACUAUAAGAAAAGGUUUUAACUAGCAUUGCAUUUUAAUUUGAUAUGCCCGUGAUAAUUGUAUUGUAUAGAGUGCCAUUAAUAUAAUUAUUAAUAUUAAAUUAUAACAAU